ACGUGCCGUCGACUGUGGGCAGGAAGAACGCGCGCGUGUGAUCGCAUUGAUCGCUCCGGUUCAGACGCGGCGCAGCUCCAGCGGGAAGCGCUUCUGAUGCCGGCCCGGGGACUCCGACAAGCCCAUCACCAGCGCAGAGCUCCAGCGAGCGCAAGCGGAAGCCGUACACCGGCCUGCGGGCGCGCCGACACCGACUGACGGAAGCACAGAGGCGUGUGCGCGCAGAGAGAGAGAGGGAGAGAGAGAGAGCGGCCAUGAGAGAGUACAAAGUGGUCGUGUUGGGCUCCGGUGGCGUGGGCAAAUCCGCCCUCACCGUGCAGUUCGUCACCGGAUCCUUCAUCGAGAAGUACGACCCGACGAUAGAGGACUUCUACCGCAAGGAGAUCGAGGUGGACUCGUCGCCGUCGGUGCUGGAGAUCCUGGACACCGCGGGCACCGAGCAGUUCGCCUCCAUGCGGGAUCUGUACAUCAAGAACGGGCAGGGCUUCAUCCUGGUCUACAGCCUGGUCAACCAGCAGAGCUUCCAGGACAUCAAGCCCAUGCGGGACCAGAUCAUCCGCGUCAAGCGCUACGAGCGCGUGCCCAUGAUCCUGGUGGGCAACAAGGUGGACCUGGAGGGCGAGCGGGAGGUGAGCUCCGGGGAGGGCAAGGCGCUGGCGGACGAGUGGAGCUGCCCCUUCAUGGAGACCUCGGCCAAAAACAAGGGCUCGGUGGACGAGCUCUUCGCGGAGAUCGUGCGCCAGAUGAACUACGCGUCCGCGCCGAACGGGGACGAGCAGUGCUGCUCCUGCGCGAUCCUCUAGCGGCCGCGGCGCCGGCCCGCGCGCGCACGCUCUCCCGUUGCCAUGGUGAGUGACAGAGAGAGCCGUUAAACAACCGACCGACGUGGACGAACACCGAAAACUUCUGUCAGCGAGCAGUUCAAGACCCCGAUCACCGGGGAAAACCGACCGACGAGGACUUCUGUCAGCGAGCAGUUAAAGAGACCGACCACCGGGAAAUACACCGACUCCUCUAACUCUGUUCAUCCGAGAUGCUGGAGACUGAGAGGUGUUUAGGCCUUCAGUGUGUGUGUGUGUGUGUGUGUGUUACGGACAGCGCCUUAAAGAGACAGUUCACCCGUUUCUUCUCGGCCUGUAAACACUGACUUUCAUUGUGUUUGUUUGUGCUGUAUGUGUGUGUGUGUGUGUCAGUGCUGACGUCACUCCUCAGAGUGUUUAUCAUGACAGCGAAACCGAAAUCGCUUUAGAACAAGCUUCAUUUAUAGUGUGAACUGUUCCUUUAAGAGCCAAAAUCAGACACACACACACACACACACACAGGCCAAACUGAAGUAAUGCGGGUCAUCAUCCUUAUGCUUAUCUUUAUGUCUGAGAUACUGAGGGUUAUUCAGCACAGCUGUGUGUGUGUGUGUGUGUGUGUGUGUGUGUGUGAGACACAUCAGCUCAUGUGUGUUUACUGCACAAACAGGAUGCGUGAAUACACUUCUGAAUGCUUCAUUUCUUGCACAGACAGAUUGUUUCUCUUCAUAAGUCAGCGGUGUGUGUGUGUGUGUGUGUGUGUGUGUGUGUGUGUGUCUCUCAUUAUAUGAAUCAGCAUUCCUCAGCAUCUCGGAUGGAUGUUAGUAAUUUCCCCGUCUCCUGAUGAUGGGUCUCUUUAACUGCCGCAGUAUUCCUGAAAGUGUCCUUGCACACGACUAGAACAGAACCAGAACUAUUGAAGCAGUGUUUACAUGACAGAGUACUUGAAUGUUCUGGGAUUAUACAUAUGUGAACAGUGACGCAUGGGGGGCUCUUGCUUUGCUCUCGGGGUCCUGCUGUGGUGUUUUCUCUGUAUUUUAUGUUGGAGGUGUUGCUGGAUUGUUGAUCCGCGUCUGAGAGCCGGUCGGUCGGUCGGUCUGCAGGAUCGCUCCGCUGAUGUCAACACAAGUGUCUUGCACUCACAACUGGAACUUAACCCCCUCCUCGCCCCCCCCAAAAUCCAGCAGCGGAGGAGUUUUCUCUGCUGCACAGCGUCUGGCUCGCGGAGCGCCCCUCUGUGUGAACCCUGUUGCUUAUUGUUGAUUUGAUUUGAUCUUUCUCAUUGUUGGAAACCACUUGGACGUCCACUUCCCUUCUCGGAGAGCGCACGAGGACUUUACCGUAGUAGCGCGAGGACGUCAGCGCGUCGAGUGCCUUCACAAAGCUGAGUUUAGUGCCAACCGUCAGGAGUCUCACACCUACACUUUCUCAACGUUUACCCUUCUGAAGGCCUGCGCUCACGCAGAGCUGCUGUUUCAGUUGAGUUUUGGUUAAUCUCCAUCACAGGUACUGAAGAAGAGCCCCCAGACUCGAGCCCACACACACACACACACACACACACACACACCACUGUCUCCAGUAUCUUCUUCUUCUUCUUUUGAUUUGUUGUUAUUUUGAUUUAACAAAUGUGAUGUACUAUUCUAAUCCGAUUGUACGUUUGAUUUCAGGCGAGCGUUUUACCCGCUGUCUGAGUGUUUUAAAAGAGACUUUUAAUACAUGCAUUUUUAAAAAACUAAA